AAUAAACAACAAUUAAAAAAUGUCGGAAUCGUGUCAAGACGGUAAUUGUCAUGGAAAUAAUGAAUUUGGACCCGAUGAAUCGCCUACGAAGCUUAUCGUUAACUAUAUUCCCGAAGUCAUGACCCAGGAUAUGAUGUUUUCACUAUUCUCCACAAUGGGCAAAUUAGAAAGUUGUAAAUUGAUAGCGAACCGAGGGUACGGGUUCGUGGAGUACUCUCGCCCGGAGGACGCGAUAAAGGCCCGGAAAGCCUUCAACGGGCUCCUGAUGCAGAACAAAACGCUGAAAGUGUCGCACGCCCUGCUCAACCCCGAACUGAAGCCACCGACGAAGCCGGAAGCGGACUGGAACCUAUACGUGUGCAACCUGCCCAACGAACUGACCCUGCAGGACCUGCACGGCCUCUUCGCGCAGUUCGGUAAAAUAGUCAAUUCCCGCAUCGCGUCCGGCAUCGCCUUCGUGCUGUACGAGCACCAGUACGAGGCCGAGCGGGCGAUACAGAGCGUCAACGGCACCACUCCGCCAGGUUUUUUACACCCGCUUACCGUUAAGUACGCUAAUAAGAGUAAUCCUCAUAAGAGUAAAAAUAAUAAUAAUAAUUUUUCUAAGAAUCCCCUUGUGAAGCCUUACCACUGGAUCAAUCAUAUGGGUGCUAUGAACGACCACAACUCCCCGAGCACAUGGUCUAUUUACAUUUACAAUAUCGCCCCCGAGGUGGAGGAACUGACACUGUGGCAGCUGUUUGGUCCCUAUGGUGCUAUCGUGUCCGUUAAAAUAAUUAAAGAUCAUAAGACGAAUAAGAGUAAAGGUUUCGGAUUUGUGACUAUGAGAAAUUACGAUCAGGCCGCCAUGGCGAUACAGGCCCUCAACGGCUAUGUGCUGCAGGGCCAACCCCUAUCUGUCAGUUUCAAGACCCAGAAGAGAUAAUGCCUUAAUAAGUAUCUAAUUAACAAUUUUACAAUAUCAAUACAGUAACAGAUAGACGAAACAAUUUUCUCAUUAUUGGCGCUACGUUUACAUUGGGUAUGGGGCUCUGAGUCAUAACUUUUACACGACGUAAGCAUGCAGUUACACUCUUGUUGAAAUUUUUUAUAUUAAUUUGAGCUAUUGACCUUGUUAAGUUUGUUUCUUAUUAUGGAUAAUAAUUUAUUCAGUUUGUUCGUUAAAUGUUUCAAGUUUACUACAAGUUUAAGAUGAAAAGAUGAUCGUUGUUUGGACGUCAGCAUCAGUUGUGAGCAUUGUGCUUUGAUUAUUAUUUUUUAUAUUAUUUAAGUAUAAUGAACCAUAUUAUAUGUGCUUUUACGAGAUCUAAUCAGUGUAAGCCACAUGAUGAUGUUUAAUCAGCUACUAGUUUUAGUUGUACACUUUUUAUAACAUGAUGUCUAUUUAGGUAGUGAAACGAAAUCUAGAAUAUAUCAUAUUUAUACAUUUAGUAUAAAAUUUGCUGAAUUAAAGUUCAUUUUCACAAUUUUA